CAUUCUAGGCUUUACUAUAGGGGGCAGUUGUGUACAUGUCGCUGAGAAGUCGCAGAGAUGUCGGAAGUUGCUGGGAUUCUAGAAGCGGCGCACUUUGCUGCUAUAAAGCAUAAAGCACAGAAGAGGAAGGACUUGGAGGAGACGCCCUACAUAAAUCACCCCAUAGGUGUUGCUAGGAUAUUAUCUCACGAGGCUGGAAUCAGCGAUAUAACUGUCCUGCAGGCAGCUCUUCUACAUGAUACAGUUGAAGAUACAGACACAACGCUCCUGGAAAUCGAGCAGACGUUUGGGCCAGAGGUCAGGAGAAUAGUAGAAGAGGUGACGGAUGACAAGACACUGCCAAGGAUGGCGAGAAAGCGGCUGCAGAUAGAGCAUGCCCCACACUGCAGCCAGCAAUCUAAGCUGGUGAAACUGGCAGACAAGUUGUACAAUCUGCGGGACCUGAACCGCAGCACUCCAAAGGGCUGGUCAGAAAAACGGGUACAAGAAUAUUUCCAGUGGGCAUUUCAGGUUGUGAAUGGUCUACGAGGCACAAAUGUGGUGAUGGAGAAACAUCUGGACCAGUUGUUCAAAGAGCGGGGAGUUUCAGCUUGAAUCCGCUAUAUGAGAGUGCACAUGUCCCCAAGAGAGUGCCACUUGCCACCUCUUAUCAGUGGAAACCUAUGUAAUGAUUUGUAGAUCUUUUAGUCCAUUAAAUACUAGUGUAAUCAGAGAGGAUGUGAAAUAGGCGGUGGGUGCUGUGUAACAUCUUAGUGACCACCCAUAUGUCUUUUCAAAAUAAACAAUCCGUCAUUCAGCUGUAUUGAUGGAAAAAUAAAAAAAGUUAUAGCUCUUGGAAUGUGACAAUGAAAAAAAAUUGCUUCGUCUCUAAGGCCCAAAACAGGCUGGUCACUAAGGGGUUAAAGUUCUUUUGCUUUCAGGAUUUGUUCUCAUUAGUUGUGGUGUUUUUUCUUUUUUACCACAAUUUUGUGAAAAUUGACAGCAGCCUGUGAACACACCCUAAGAUUAAAGCUUUAAUAACCUGAUUGGGGGCAAAGAUGGAUUUAUAACCACUAUGUGUUUAAUACUUUGUGCAUGUUUGAAAUCAACUAUUACUUUUUUAUGUUAACUCAAGGGAUUUUAAAGUGAGCCAGAAGCUAAAAUGAUAUGUAAGGCACUACCUGCAGGGGAUGAUGUCUAUUUCUUCUCCAUUAGGGCAGAGACUGAACGGUGACUCCAACCUAGAUACAGUGCUGAUAGAGUCUGCGGUAGCCUGAGCCACACCCCCUGCCCCAUCAUUGGUUCAGGCUCCCUCCGCCUCCUCCGCUCCUGUGUAUAAGCCAGAUCUAUCAAGCCAGUUCACGGAGAACUGAUUUACAUUAAAUAAUGAGGGCAGACUCAUUAUAGUAGACAGAUUAAUGAACCGCUAUUGAGUAAAAAGACGGUUAUCUGGUAAGGCUAAUCUCACACUAGCCCUUACCAUCUCCGGCAGGGAGCAGCGUCAAAGAGGUGUCUGCGGGAUGCUACCUGACGGCCCCAUUCACUCUAUUGAGGACCGGCGGAGAUCUGGCCAUAACCCGGCAAACCUGCAGAGAAUCGACUGGAUGAAAAAAAAAAAACACUGCAUGCUUUUGAUUUUACCGUGUCUCUGCCGGUCCCCAAUAUAGUGCAUGUAGCUUCCGGCAAUUCCAGAAUGCAGAGAUCCUUGCCGGAACAGCCUGCCGGAUCUCAAAACGGCGGUGUGAAACGAGCCUAAUCAGUGCCUUCUCAAACAGCUGAUCUUUGGGGGUCGGAUCUUCACUGAUGGUGCAUUGCAAAAAGUGAAUGCGCAGUGAGGGUGCCUUCACAUGCUGCCCAAUUUUCCGCGACUAAAACCUCAUUCACACAAAAUCAUAAAAAUCUGUUCCAUUCACCUGAACGGGGCUUGCAGAAAUCCACGUGCUUGCCGCCGCAUUCAAAUGCAUGGAACUGAUUUU